AUGGGGGUUUCGAUGUUGGAUUACUCAUGGAGUUUUCGGUUAAAGCUCUCUCCUUUACGAACCCCAAAACUCGUGAGCUCGAGCUUUGGUCAUUCAAUUACGGCAUACAAGUACCCAGCUCGAGCUUUGAAGUGCAGGUCUGUUUUGUCUGAUGAGAGAAGAAGUAGCCCAUGUGUGGUUAAGAAAGAGCUAGAGAUUUGCUUUGACCUUAUACAUAGGCUUGGGAGAGGCAUUCUGUACUUAGGUUCAGCUAGAAUCCCGCAAAACCAUUCGUAUUACCUUCAAGCACAAGAGUUGAGCAGAGAAGCAGCAAAUCUUUUGGACUGUACUACAUGGUCUGGAGCUGGACCAGGACUUAUGGAUGCUGUCACUAAAGGUGCUUUAGAAGCUGGGAAACCGGUUGGUGGUAUCAAGAUAGAUAAAGAAGCCGGUGAAUGGACCGCAUCAAAGUUUCAUCCUUAUCUCCCUCCUCAGAAUUACCAUACUUGCAGGUUUUUCUCGGCGAGAAAGCAUGGAUUGGUGGAUGCAGCGAUUAGAAACAAUAUUUCUGAUAAGACGGCGAUAAUUGCAUUGCCUGGCGGUGUUGGCACGCUCGAUGAGAUGUUUGAGAUUUUGGCAUUGAUUCAACUCAAAAGGAUUGGAUCUUUAUUUCCAGUUCCAUUCAUUGUGAUGAAUUAUGAUUCUUUCUAUUCGAAGCUGUUUGAAUUCAUGGAGAGUUGCGAAAACUCGGGAACUGUUUCUAAAGGAGAAGUUUCUGCAUUGUGGAAGGUAUGCAACAACAACUUUGAAGCUUUGACAUACUUAGCUGAAUUCUAUGAAUUGCCUUACGGUUCUUCAAAACCCGAAAACGAACUUAAUGGAACUGCUCGUGGACCGGUUUCUUAG